AUGCCAUCGGCAACGCCCAAAGUCAGGUCCCUGAGAUGGUCCUCGGACGGCAAUCAGAUGCUGGUCCUCCAUGAGCACGGCGUGCAGGUCAUGGACAGCCAUCACCGCGUUGAGAGGGUUAGAUUGGAAAAUGGCAGCGGCGGUCUUGGCCACAUUGAAUCCGCCGACUUCAUUGGGGACAACCACCUUCUCACCGUAUGGGAGUUCGGCAGGACCAAACUCUGGUACAUGAACAAUGGAAAGGCAGUGGACCUUCCUGAUGUCAAGACGACAUGCGAUGGCCGCGUCUGGCAAAUACGACCACGAUCACCACCACUGCUUGCUUUACUGUCGAGAAAUGGAGCGGAGGACUGUCUGGUGCUGCACGUGCCUCUAGAAAACAAAACGUUUCCCAUCGUCAAACUACCCACCGUGGAUGCGCAGUCAAUCUCUUGGUCGCUCGAUGGGAGGUGGUUGCUGAUGCAGGACACACCUACAGCAACUGCAACUCUACACAUUUACACCCCACACGGCUGUCUCUUCCGCUCAUACCCAUCUCCGAAGGACGCCGAAGGCGGUCUCGGGAUCAAGAGCACUGCCUGGUCGCCAGAUGGAGGAGUACUCGCUCUUGCAAAGUACGACGGCCGAGUCGAGCUACUCAACACGAAGACGUUCUCUCCAAUCGCUGUGAUCGAACACAAUACGACAAUCCACCAGCGAGGGCUUUCCUCGGAAGAACAAGCGCCCAUAUGGCAGGAGAUGGUCUCGGCCGCGAAUCUACGGACAUAUUCUCUCCAGUCCCAGCCCGUCUCUCCGCCACUCUCCAAAACAAAGGCAGACUCUUCCGAACCGAAGGCUCUGGGCAUAGCAGAGAUGUACUUUAACUGCGACGGUAGCUUUCUAGCCACGCGUGACUGCAGAAUGCUCAACACCGUCUGGCUCUGGAAUAUGUCCACGCUCGCAGCACAUGCAGUCGUCAUCCAGCACAGCAACGUGCGCAGUCUUCAAUGGCAUCCCACGCGCCCUGAGACCCUGCUCAUUGACUGCGCCGAAGGCAUGGCCCACAUAUUCGACGUAUCCUCGACACAUCCACCUGCAAUUUUCUCGACUGACAUGCGACCCAAAGCGCCUUUAACUUGGCUCACGAACCCAGCAGCCGCCAAGCCAAUCAUCUUGAUCACAGAGGCGACGAGAUUCCGUCUCCUUCACCCAGAGGGCAAGGACGAUGACGACGCGACAGAUUACGCUGCCACACCACGCGCAGGCUCAGCAGAAGCAGGAGCGGCACAAUACGAAGAGGGGGCAAGCGAGGAUUCUCUCUUCGACGUGCUAUCAGGCCGUAAGCCUCUACCUCCCAAGACCCAACCUUCACUCACCGAAACACUGGAUUUGGAAAUGGAGGAAGAGGAUAGCCUGGACGGCGCUGCUGAACUCGAGGACACAUUUCGGGAGAAGAGAAAGGUACCGGAAGUGAUUGAUCCGCUGGAUGAUAGCGAGAUCUUCUGA